AUGCGAUUUCGGUUCAACAAAGAAACAAUUCUGUGGCUGCGUGAUAUUCUUGGUGCGGAAUUAGAACCUACCUGCAAUCGGCGAAAAUCGAUUUCUGCCUUAAACCAGGUAUUGUUAACGAUACGAUUUUUGGCAACAGGGGCCUUUCAACAAUUAGUGGGCGAUACGUUUGGUGUGCAUAAGUCAACGGCCUGUCUUAUAAUUCAAAGAGUUGUGCGAAAAAUUGCAGCAUUAAAACCGCAAUACAUCAAGAUGCCAACACAAGCGGAAUUACAACAUGUAAAACUGGGAUUCUAUAGAUUACGUAGAAUGCCCAAUGUGAUUGGCGCAAUUGACUGCAGUCACAUACGGAUUGAAUCUCCAGGUGGACUCGAAGCCGAAGUUUUUAGAAAUAGAAAAAAUUACUUUUCUAUUAAUAUUCAAGCCGUAUGUGACGCUAACAUCAAAAUUUUAAACAUUGUGGCAAGAUGGCCAGGUAGCGUCCACGACAGCACCAUCUUCAACGAUUCCGCUUUAUGUGCUGAUCUCGAAAAUGGUCGCUAUGGUGAUGGAUUUUUAUUGGGUGAUAGUGGAUAUGCCUGCCGCUCAUUUAUUUUAACUCCACUAAUUCGUCCACAAACAGCACCAGAGACAGCAUACAACAACUGCCACAAAGCUACAAGGAACCCCAUAGAAAGAUGUUUUGGCGUCCUUAAGAAACGAUUUCCUUGCCUCUCUAUUGGUUUGCGGACAAAGAUGGAGACAACACUGACAACUAUCGUCGCUUGUUGUGUUCUCCACAAUCUAGCAAUUAUUGCUAAUGACGAGGAACCUCCAAGAGACCCAGAGAUUGUCCUACCACCGGAGGUUAAUGAAAUACACGUACAAAACAAUGUUCGAAUUUUUAAUAAUGAAAAUUCAGCAGUUCGAACAUCUUUAAUUCGAACGCAUUUUGGAUAA